CGGGAGCAGCUGCUGGCUUCCGGGCGCGCUGGGCUGAAUCUCUGCGGCGGAGUCUCCUGCGUCCUUACUGUAGGGAGCAUCUGAGGACCUACCUGGAUUGGAGUGAGCCGGGGGUGGGACUGAGGGCCCGAUCCCUUUAGGGCGAGGACGCUCCUUGGGCGAGUGCCCUUAAUCUUCUUACGAUCGCCCUGUCUCUCCCUGCUCUGCUGGCAGCCUAGGACAGGAAUCUGUGCCACCCAAAUCGUUUGAUCCAGUGAAUCUGCAAGGAAAGGUCUCUGAGGCCCCCGUCUGCUGACUGCAUGACAAACUCUAAAGGAAAUGCCAGUCGUGAUGGCCCGGGACCUGGAGGAAACAGCAUCAUCCUCAGAGGAUGAGGAGGUGGUAAGCCAAGUUUGUAGAGAUCAUCCAUGUAUCAUGUGGACUGGAGGCUGCAAGAGAAUUCCAGUUUUGGUAUUCCAUGCUGAGGCUAUUCUGACAAAGGACAACAAUAUUCGAGUAAUUGGAGAACGUUAUCACUUGUCUUACAAGAUUGUACGAACAGACAGUCGCCUGGUUCGCAGCAUCCUGACAGCCCAUGGAUUUCAUGAAGUUCACCCAAGCAGCACUGACUAUAACCUAAUGUGGACAGGAUCCCACCUGAAGCCCUUUUUACUUCGCACCCUCUCUGAAGCACAAAAGGUUAAUCACUUUCCCAGGUCGUAUGAACUAACCCGGAAGGACCGACUGUACAAAAACAUCAUUCGAAUGCAGCAUACGCACGGAUUCAAGGCUUUUCACAUCCUCCCUCAGACCUUCCUGCUGCCAGCUGAGUAUGCGGAAUUCUGUAAUUCAUAUUCAAAGGACCGGGGACCUUGGAUAGUAAAACCAGUGGCCUCUUCCAGGGGGCGGGGUGUCUACCUGAUCAACAAUCCAAACCAGAUUUCCCUGGAAGAGAACAUCUUGGUCUCCCGUUACAUUAACAACCCCCUGCUCAUAGAUGAUUUCAAGUUUGAUGUGCGCCUCUAUGUGCUUGUGACUUCCUAUGAUCCUCUUGUCAUCUAUCUCUAUGAAGAAGGACUGGCUAGGUUUGCCACCGUACGAUAUGACCAAGGAGCCAAGAAUAUUCGGAACCAGUUCAUGCACCUGACCAAUUACAGUGUGAAUAAGAAGAGUGGAGACUAUGUCAGUUGUGAUGAUCCGGAAGUGGAGGAUUAUGGGAACAAAUGGAGCAUGAGUGCUAUGCUUAGGUAUCUGAAACAAGAAGGCAGAGAUACAACUGCGUUGAUGGCCCAUGUAGAAGACCUGAUCAUUAAGACUAUAAUCUCUGCUGAACUAGCUAUUGCCACAGCCUGUAAAACUUUUGUUCCUCAUCGCAGCAGUUGUUUUGAACUCUAUGGCUUUGACGUGCUCAUAGAUUCUACUCUGAAGCCAUGGUUGUUGGAAGUGAAUCUCUCUCCCUCUUUGGCCUGUGAUGCACCUCUGGACCUAAAGAUUAAAGCCAGUAUGAUUUCAGAUAUGUUCACUGUUGUAGGGUUUGUAUGUCAAGAUCCUGCCCAGCGGGCGUCAACCCGGCCAGUUUAUCCCACCUUUGAGUCUUCCAGGCGAAACCCUUUCCAGAAACCUCAGCGUUGCCGUCCACUCUCUGCCAGUGACGUGGAAAUGAAAAUCCUUGUGGGCUCAGCACGGGAGAAGGUGCCGGGGAAGUUAGGUGGUUCUGUGCUUGGUCUGUCAAUGGAGGAGAUCAAAGUUUUACGGAGGGUGAAGGAAGAGAAUGAUCGGAGAGGUGGAUUUAUUCGCAUAUUCCCUACAUCAGAGACAUGGGAAAUAUAUGGGUCCUACCUUGAACACAAGACCUCCAUGAACUAUAUGCUGGCAACACGUCUCUUCCAGGACAGGGGAAACCCAAGAAGAAGCUUAUUGACAGGAAGAAGACGAAUGGUGGUUGAUGGAGCACCGGAAUUGAAGGUGGAGAAUAUGAAUUCAAGGGCCAAGCUGCACGCUGCUCUUUAUGAGAGGAAGCUCCUGUCUCUGGAGAUGCGAAAACGUCGACGACGGAGCGGCAGAUCGAGGGCAAUGCGGCCAAAAUAUCCAGGUAUGAAGUCCAGUUCGUCCUUUGACAUUGCUGAAUUGUUGAUUACCCAACCAGCUGAAAUGAAUGUUAAAACUGAGACAGAGAGCGAAGAGGAGGAAGAAGUCGCCUUAGACAGUGAAGAUGAAGAACAGGAAGCUUCCCAGGAGGAGUCUGCAGGGUCCCUCGGAGAAAAUCAAGCCAAACGCACACCCUCACUGACCGUUAUGGUAGAAAAUCCACCCAGAGAGAAUGCCGUGAAAGUUCCUGAAUGGAAUAACAAAGGUGAACAGUGCUGCAAAACUGAGACUCAGGAUCCAGAGCCUAAAUUUAACCUGAUGCAGAUUCUGCAAGAUAAUGGCAAUCUUAGGAAUUGUGCUGGGCUGUAUAGUGUUACGGUGGAGACCAAAACAGUCGUGGAGCCCACAGUCUGGUGGGGAAGACUGACGGUAAACAAAGAAACAAGCAAAGUGCAGGCCCGAAUAGCAUUCUCUGCCUAUCUCCAGCAUGUUCAAAUCCGACUGAUGAAAGACAGUGGAGGUCAAACAUUCAGUGCCAGUUGGGCUGCCAAAGAGGAUGAACAGAUGGAGCUAGUGGUUCGUUUCCUCAAGCGAGCAUCAAGUAACCUCCAGCACUCACUGAGGAUGGUAUUACCCAGUCGGAGACUGGCACUUCUGGAGCGCAGAAGAAUCCUGGCCCACCAACUGGGUGACUUUAUCAUUGUGUACAACAAGGAAACAGAACAAAUGGCUGGAAAGAAAACGACGAAGAAACUUGAGGAAGAAGAGGAAGAUGGGGUGAAUACGGAAAACUUUCAGGAGUUCAUCAGACAAGCAAGUGAGGCUGAACUGGAGGAGGUGUUGACUUUUUAUACCCAAAAAAACAAGUCUGCAAGUGUCUUCCUGGGGACUCACUCAAAAAGUUCUAAAAACAGCAACAGUUUUUCUCAUCGCGGGGCAAAGGGUGAUCACCCUGAAACGAUGGAAGAAGUGAAAAUAAAGCAGCCCAAGCAGCAACAAGCAACAGAAAUUCACUCUGAUAAAUUAUCUCGAUUUACCACUUCAGCAGAAAAAGAGGCUAAAUUAGUCUAUACCAGUUCUUCCUCUACUUCUUGCUCUGGCCCUGCUGCUACUCUUCCGCAGAAAAUUCCCAACACCCAUUUGUCAUCUGUUAUUACCACCUCUGACCUCUCACCAGGGCCAGGCCACCAUUCUUCUUUAUCUCAGAUUCCUCCAGCUAUCCCCAGCAUGCCUCACCAGCCAGCAAUUUUACUGAGCACGGUCCCUGACAGUGCUUCUCCCUCCAUCCAUCCUGGGACACAGAACGUACUGAGCCCCGCUGGCCUGCCACGCUGUCGAUCAGGCAGUUACACCAUUGGCCCCUUUUCCUCUUUCCAAAGUGCUGCGCACAUCUAUAGCCAGAAACUGUCUCGUCCCUCUUCAGCAAAGGCAGCAGGUUCAUGCCAUCCAAACAAGCAGCAUUCAGGAGUAGCCAAAACACAGAAGGAGGGAGAAGAUGGUUCCUCAUACAGCAGACGGUACAACCCAAGUACGGUUACGGCUGAACUUCAGCGGCUAGCUGAGAAGCAGGCAGCAAGGCAGUAUUCUCCAUCCACUCACGUCAGUCUCCUCACCCAGCAGGUAACAAACCUGAAUUUGGCAAGUGGCAUCAUAAACAGAAGCAGUGCUUCAACUCCCCACACACUUCGGCCCGUCAUCAGUCCUAGUGGCCCAACAUGGUCAAUACAGUCAGACCCCCAAGCUCCUGAGAGCCACUCCGCCCCUCCUGGAAGCAGGAGCCUCCAAACAGGUGGCUUUGCCUGGGAGGGAGAGGUAAAGAACAACGCGUACAGCAAGGCUACAGGGGUGGUCUCACAGCACAGGUGCCACCCCACAGCAGGCAGCUACCAGCUCCAUUUUGCCCUGCAACAACUUGAACAGCAAAAACUUCAGUCCCGGCAGCUUCUGGACCAGAGUCGAGCCCGGCACCAGGCGAUCUUUGGCAGCCAGACACUACCUAACUCCAAUUUAUGGACAAUAAAUAAUGGUGCAGCUUGCAGAAUUUCAAGCGCCUCAGCUAGUGGCCAGAAGCCAACCACUCUGCCACAAAAAGUGGUGCCAGCUCCAAGUUCUUCCUCCUCCCUGGUCCCCAAACCCCCGUCCAAUCACAAACAAGUCCUCAGAAAGGCAGCAUCCCAGAGGGCUUCCAAAGGGUCUUCCACAGAAGGACAGCUGGACGGACUCCAGAGCAGCCUUAACUCCGCAGCCCUUGUGCCUGUCACCAGCUCCACAGAAGAAGAGGAAAUUUGGACACGCAGAGAGGCGUCAGGGAUUCACUCAGAGGAAAGACCCUGUGAGGACACAAGAAGAAGAUGGGCAACUGCAAGCCAAGGAGAGGGGCCUCAGAAGGAACCAAACCUGCCUACACUUUGAUCUUGGACUUCCAGCCUCCUGAACUAUCCCGCUCACACUAAAAGAUGAAGCACGGACACGCAGAGGAGGAACCUAUUCACUACUCCACUACUCCUGGGUGCGUGACUCCAGUGAAGCAUCCACCAGUGCUGCAAGGGGUCCAGAGUAUUUUUUUUUUUGCUGUUUCAGUCCCCAGUGCCUACCAGCAGAAGUGGCAGUAGAUUGUUGCCUAUCAGCCAAUCCAGACUUUUCCUGAGAUGACAGGAAAACAUGUCAGCUGGGUUUCAGUGGAACUUGGCAGUGGGGACAUUCAGCGGAAGCGAUAUAUACCCCGUCAGAGCACACGUGUAUCUUUUACCCCUUUCACCCCCUCUCCCACCUGCUUAGGUCUUCUCUGUCCCUCUCCUGCUACCACACAGAGAUGAUAUAAAAGAGGCUCUUUGGCUAUUUGCAUUUUGCUUCCUCUUCUUUUCCAGAUUGCAGUAUUAAGCUUUACCUCCUAAAAGCCUAAAAUCCCAACAACAUUAUGUACCAAAGUUGUUCUUCCCUUGCGAGAGGGUUUGGGGGAAAGGGGGAGUUUAUAUCACAAGUUUCCCGGAGAGUGAAAAAAAAGUCCGUGUACUGCUGACCACAUGAGCCAUGGUUA